UCUGUGACGUCAAUGCGAACUGUACCAACACUGACGGUUCCCACAACUGCACCUGCAGGGAAGAAUACAUCGGAGAUGGACAGUCAUGCCAAGACAGAAAAGGAAAAAGAUGUGGGCCGGUUGGUGUGGCAGACAAUAAUGCAAUUCCAGAUGCCAGAAUGACAGCAAGCAGUAUGUUUGAUGAUGAUUAUGCUUCAUACCUCGGCCGACUGAAUGAAACCAGGAGACGAGGAGGGUGGUGUCCUAAGACUACAGGUGAUAGAACCGACUACCUUCAAGUAGAUAUGGGUUCAGUGCUGUCUGUUUGUGCUGUGGCUACUCAAGGAGAAGAGGUACUUCCGGAAUGGACCACCAACUACAAAUUGAACCUAUCUAUUGACGGUUUAGCUUGGAACCCUUACGAGGAGACGAAUAAAACAAAGGUGUUUCAAGGGAACUCGGAUCAAACAAGUAUCGUGAAGCAUUCACUUAGAACUGACUUCAAAGCAAGAUACGUUCGGUUUUAUCCUGUCUCAUACCACAAAUGGCCUUGUUUGAGGGUUGAGAUAUAUGUGUUUAAGUAA